AUGGUUGCUGAGUGUAUAAAGUUGCACAUCAGAAUUCAGAUUCCAUGUGUCACUGAAAAGGCAGAUGUUCUUCUCCUGCGUGCUGCUCUGCCAUCGCAUUUCCAUCUUCAGCUCUCUGAAAUAGAGUUCCAUGAGAUUAUUGGCUCAGGUUCUUUUGGAAAAGUAUACAAAGGACGAUGCAGAAAUAAAAUUGUAGCAAUCAAACGCUACCGCGCCAACACCUACUGCUCCAAGUCGGACGUGGACAUGUUUUGCCGUGAGGUCUCCAUUCUCUGCCGACUGAACCAUCCCUGUGUCAUACAGUUUGUUGGAGCCUGCUUGGACGACCCGAGCCAGUUUGCCAUAGUCACGCAGUAUAUUUCUGGAGGAUCACUCUUUUCCCUGCUCCAUGAACAGAAAAGGACUCUUGAUCUUCAGUCUAAAUUAAUCAUUGCUGUAGAUGUUGCCAAAGGCAUGGAGUAUCUUCACAACCUCACACAACCAAUCAUACACCGUGAUUUGAACAG